ACCUGGUACUCACCUGCACUUAUUCAAAAAAAGUCGCAAUGACUUCUGAAAUCCGCCAAUAUCACCUACCACCCACGGAUCUGAUCCCGAACUCGCCCCGACCUCUUCUACACUACAAGAACGUCCUACGCAAGAAGCCCAACACCUCACACUGCGAUCCCGCUGAAGUAUGGGACCUAUUCACCAAGAACGAAUGGAAUGUGCACUGGAUCUUCCGCUACAGCCACACCCAAGUAUCGCACUACCACUCGCAAGCGCACGAAUGCAUGGCCGUACUUUCCGGCACCGCCAGCAUCCGAUUCGGCGUCGGCGACACCUCCGCCGACAUGAAAGAGAACACUGACGGAUCUGCCUGGGACAAGGGGGGUGUUCUGCUAGAAGCCAAUGCCGGUGAUGUGUUUAUCAUCCCGGCAGGCGUGGCGCACAAGACGCACAACACCAAGCCUGAAGCCGAGUUCGCGCUCUUGUCGCCGGGAACGGGGCACGGGAUUGAAGCCGAGGAUCCAAAGAAGGCGCUUUCUGAGGUUAAGCUAGAUGGGUUUACCAUGAUGGGAGCUUACAGUGGAGGAGAUUGGGACUUUGUGGCGACUGGGGGGGAUUUUGAGAAGGUGUGGGCUGUUCCCAAGCCCAGGUUCGAUCCCGUUCUUGGGGAUUCGGACCGAGGACUCUGCAAGGCAUGGAGAGGAAGUGGUACGGAGGCUAAGGCUCAUCUUUAGAAUGGGUGAUU